AUGGCGAGCAGCAGCAGCAACGUGGGCUCCAGGGAUCCAACCUCCUGGCCCUCCUCCUCCUCCUCCUCGCCGGGAGUCGUCAUGGCUGUGCUGACAAAGGUGGCCUCUGCGUCCUCCCUGCUGCUGGUGCUCUGGGUGGGUGUCUGCUUUACAGUCUGCGUCGAAGUCCCAUCAGAGACAAAGGCGGUCCGGGGAUCAGAAAUGAAGCUGCGGUGCAUUUCCUGCAUGAAACGAGAAGAGGUUAUUGCCAACACAUUGGUAGAAUGGUACUAUAAGGAAGACGGCAGAGAUGUGCUGAUCUACGAGUACCGGAACAAGGAACAUGAACUGGAGAGCCGCUUCAGGGGCCGGCUCCACUGGAACGGGAGCAAAGACAUGCAGGAUGUGUCCAUCUCUGUGGUCAACCUCACUCUGAACGAUUCAGGGAUUUAUACGUGCAACAUCACCCGGGAAUUCGAGUUUAAGAUCCAUCAGCCAGUUUUUACCAAAUCCACAGUGAUCCAUCUCACGGUGGUGAAGGAGGCUGGAGAAGACCUCACAUCUGUCGUCUCUGAAAUAAUGAUGUAUCUUCUCUUGGUCUUCCUCACCUUGUGGUUGCUGAUAGAGAUGGUUUACUGCUACAGAAAGGUUGCCAGAGCAGAGGAGGUGGCCCAGGAAAAUGCGACUGACUACCUCGCCAUCCCUUCAGAAAACAAGGAGAACUGUGCUGUGCCUGUGGAGGAGUAGAGGGAUGAAAACCACAGGGGUAUGCUUUGCAACAAAGGGACUCUGCAGAAACAAGGACCAAGUCCCCACAGCCACGUUUGCAGGAGCCGAACUACAAGAGGAGGAACUGAAAGAGAGUGUAAAUCCAUUUCCAUUUGUCUGGGACAUUGCACAGCUUUGACUUCAUGACCCCCACCUUGAGCUCUCGAGCAACCCAUUUGCUAAAGGACUCUCCUUUGAAGCAUGCUGAGUCAAAGGGGUAAGGGUGAUACCGCUCUUCCUGCCAUCACUUCAACAGCUUUGUAAAUACUAACUGGUCUCAUCUUUCACUAAUACUCACAUCCCCUCGGGUGCUUUCAGACAUCACAGCUACCCUGGGGCAAAGUGGGAGUAAUGUGCCCCACUGUGCUUUAAGUGACUAUCAUUUGUCUGUCAGUGCAUUGGUGUUAAUUUCAUGUUCAUCUGUUUGAUGUACUGAUGCCCAGAAAGCACUUUGUGUAGGGCGACAAAGCAAGUAGCUCUGUGAUUUGGUGGGUCCCUGCAUGAGUAAAUGGGGGACCAGGCACAGGAAGUGUAGCAAAACAGCUGUUCCUGAAACUGUAGCAUUAAAGAAAAUACAGUCUAGGAGCCAAGGAUAUUUUUCUGGGGUGCACAUUGCAGUCAAAAGGGUGGCAAUACUGUACAGAUAUCAGAUUUUGCUCUGGGGUAAGAGUGACAUCAGAAAGCACCCUUGGUUUGCAUAAUAUGCCAAUUACACAUUGCUGCACUCCAUGCUAUGCCACAUGAUGAUGUCCAGUGUGAACAAGGGCAAGCUCAUUCACACAAACAAGGUUCUGUGGUAUAGUCCAACACGAAUGGCGAAUUUUAAAAAUAGUUACCAAUGAGGCCGUGAGAGCUGUUAUAGACUAUGAUUUCACCACACAUCUGCCCUCAGUGCAUGUUAAAAUUCUCUUUACUAUUUGGCAUGAUUGUACCAAUGGUUGAGCUAGCCCAAGGUGAGAGAACUCACCCCAAGAUAGUGUGAGUGCUAUAUCAGGCGAAAUACCCUUUGGGGUAUGUAGAGGUAGAAGCAUUAUGGAAUUAUUAUUCUGGGUAGGCAGCAAUUUCACAGUGCAGCUCAGCAUGAAAGAAGACUGUCUUUAAAGAGCACAUGGCAGAGCAAGAUUUGGGAGUGGCUGGCACAGAGGUGUAGUGAUGACAGAAACAAAACCUACAAGCCAUUUCCUACAAACCUACAGGCCCCCCCCCCCACAAUUAAAUUCAAACCUCUCUCUGUUAAUUGGCUUACAUGAUGGUGGAAUGAAAUAUGUAGCAAAAGUGAGCACUACUUCUGGUCGGUCCUGAGCGAAGUGGUUAGAAAUUAGCCUUAAUUAAGUGAAUAUGAACCCCUGCUAGAAACAGUGGGAGCCACGAGGAGGACAUUUAGAAGCUCUGUCAGGUACUUUGGAACAAAAAUCCAAAUACUUGGUAUCACUUAGGCAUGCAGAGUGCCAAUGCUUUUACUCUGAAUAAUGAUGUUUAGUAAUAACAAAAGUCCAAGGACACAAUCCAACAAAGUUAAGCACCCUCAAACACACUGAGUGAAAUACGCUUAAGUGCAUUUAACUCUCGCUUGCAUUGUAGCCAAAACUUCAUAGGAGUUUGGCUCUCUGUCUCUCGUAUCAAAAGGAAGCAAGGUUUAUAAUAGAGUUUCCACAACUCGAAUGAGUUCCAUACAAGUAUGGAAGCCAGCAGUCGGGCACUAAAGGGCUCCUUCAGGCAUUUCCAGGGGUCUGGCUUGCUUAUUUACUAGGCUUCUUUGUCUUUCUUUUAAAUAACAGGCCCCUGUGUCAUUUCACAAAUUACUUUUAAAAGCCCCCUCCCUUUCAAGAGUGCUUUGCCAUAAGGCAGAGGGUGUGCUGAAAGUGCAGCACAAACCCAAAGCUCUCCGUCUUGCAGAAUGAGUGGUGUUAAUUAUUUGGAUACCCAGCCUAGGUCCCUCCCCUUGGAUAAAGUGAAUUCACACAUUCAGACAUUCAGAAGUGGUGAGGCACUUCUAGGGGGGUCUUCACUGCCUCCUCUUACUUCCCAGCUUGCCUGACUGAAUCGAAGGGCCAAAGGAGGCAUGUUGUGGAGGGGAGUUUUGCAAGUGGAACGCCCAACAUCUAUUUUUUCAGAAAGCUGCCAUGGGGUAGAUUUUGAUGGGGGCUUGUGGAGGGGGAGGGUAUUUACCCAGAUAGAAGAGGGCUCUGUGUUUAAGACACUCCCCAUCAAAAAUAGAGGAUAAAUACUGGUUAUACCUGCAUUUACCCAAAAGGAAGACGACUUAGAAUUUAAGACAUUCCCCCAGUUUCUAACAUCAAAGAACCGGGGGGGGGGGCAUAGUAUUGGAUUCAGGUAGAUACAGUAACCCUUUGCCUGUACGUAGAUACUUGACUUCCCCUCUCACCAUCAUAGAACCUGCUAUCGGCUAUGGAGGGGAAAAUUUAUGUGUGCUCACAAUUGUUUCCCUUCACAGGUAAUAGUUAGUGAGUUAUAUUUGUAUACUGCCCCAUAUCUCUCUCUCUCUCUAGGCAGUGUACAUAAUAGCACCUGUAUUACCAUCAAAACCACCACCGGCCCUUUUAUAAGUAGUAAAAUAUUUAGGUUUUGUUUCAUAUGCACCACAUAUAAAAACGGGAGUCAUCACUAACAAAUAUCUCAUUAAAAAAAUAUUUAAAACCCACUUUGUGGCAGCUCCUCUCUACACUGCUCUAGUCAAGGUUUCUCAAUGUGUUGGUCCCCAGAUGUUAUUGGACUUCAACUCCCAUAAUCCCCAGCCCGGGUGGCCUUUGGUUGGGAAUUAUGGGAAUUGAAGUCCAAUUACAUCUGAGGACCCACAUGUUGAGAAUCCCUGCUCUAGGUAACAAAAGCAUAACAGGUAGAAAACUGGAAGAGGUUGAGUGUGACCUGUAGGGGUGUGUUACCCAAACAUCUCCAAAAUGCUAAAUCCAUUCUACAGCAGACCAAUACAAAAUAAAGGACAUGGAGGCCCCAGGAUAGUAUGUCGCUGCAGGGAACAGUAGUGAAGAGACCAGGAUGGAAAUUCCUUCGGCUUUAUUUUUAACUUGUGGCUCACUUAAGCAAAGCCUACUGACCUGGGUGAUUCUGCUGAAGAUUGAAUUCCACGCCUCUGGCAGGUGCUAGGAAAGCUUUGCUCAAAGUGUGUGUGUGUGUGUGUGUGUGUGUGUCCUGUACCACUCUCCCUUGUCACAAAUCCUGUACCACUCAGAAGCCACAGCCACGGAAACUGCUUCCAGAUGCAAAAAGGGCUGGGGGCAGACAAGCUGCAUGCCAAGACCCACUGCUCCUGCACUCUGGCAGCUUGGCACACGCUUUGUUAGCAAUCUUCCAGUCCACCCAUUCUAGAUAAGCUCCAAUGCUUGCCUCUUUUUUUUUUUUUUGCACUUCUUCCCAAGCGCAAUGAGCAUUUCACACGUGUUCUCUCCAUAAUCCUUAGAACACCCCUAUAAGGUAGGCCUGUUUUAUUAUCUCUCUGCUAUUGAAAGUGUGGUAGCCGAAACCACCCAGAGUGUGCUUAUAAGCUGUGGUGAUGUUUGAACCCAUGACUUCCAGAUCACAAGUUGUGUUCCUUAAUAUAUUACACUAAGUUUCAGGUAUUCAGAUUCUGACCAAGCAGCAGUCAUUGCCAUAUAUAGACUCUUCGUCAUCUCUUGCAUGAAAUAACACAGCAGAAUUUAAGGCUUGUUUCUUGAUUUUGGCAGUAAGUUUCCAUUUUAGCCUUGGAUGUUACUUCACCUAAUCUAGUCUGCAUCCAAUUGCUGUAUUCUUCACCUGCAAUAACAACACUGGACAAUAUCCCUUCCUCCAAAAGGUGGAGCAAAUAAGUAAUAGUUCUAAAACUUGGAAAGUCUUUCCUGAAGCAGCAGUGGAAAGAAAAGGAAAAUAGCAAGGGGCUUAUCACAGCUGUUUUAUUUAAAAAAAAAAAAAGAUUCUUGUGUCAGUUCACGAGGGACUUCGGAUGUCCAGCAUGAUCUUCUCAGGCUGAGUGCCUUAUGUCAGUGCGCAGGAGAAAGCUUGAAUGACAUCUGCUUCACUAAAGACAGAUCAUGACUCCUGUCUUGGCUCAAGAAAUUUUUCCUCUGUGUGUACGGAAAAGACACAGCAGACUUUCAAUGAGGCAACAAAAUAAAAGGAAAAGAACCCA